AUGACAAACCGAAGACUCAACCUCCUCAGUCUUGACGGCGGGGGCGUACGCGGUCUUUCCACCUUGUACAUCCUGCGCCAUAUUCUCGAAGCCAUCGAUCGCGAGAACCCUCCAAAACCAUGUGAAUAUUUCAAUUUGAUCGGUGGAAGUGGGUCGGGCGGAGUGAUUGCGAUCAUGCUGGGACGUCUCCAGAUGGACAUCGAUCAGUGCAUCAUGGCGUAUUCAAGGCUACUAAAGCGCGUGUUCGCACGGAAGAGACAGUUCCCGCUAAAUAGCAGUCUGCGCGUACGACCAAAGUACGAGAUCCGACGGGUAGGAUCCGCCGUGCGAGCUAUUCUGCGCGAACUCGGACUCGACGAGGAUAUGCUCUUACGUGAUGAGGAUCCUUCGUGUCGAGUGUUUGUCUGCAUCACCGACAAUUCUAGUCGAAAAAUGGUACCUCUCACUAGCUACGCGAGCAAAUACUGCUCGACAGAGCUGUACAAGACCACGCGGGUCUGGGAAGCAGCCGAGGCCAGUUUCGCCAUCGGAUCGCUAUUCGAUCCCGUGACCAUCGGACCCAGCAAGCGACAAUUCCACGACAGCACCUUGGAAGCCAACAAUCCCAUGCGCGAGGUCUGGAUCGAGGCACGUGGGGUCUGGUAUUCUGGGUCGUUGGAGAACCAGCUGAGGUGCAUGGUGUCGAUCGGGACGGGAGUGCCUUCGAUUAAGCGGUUUACUAGGGGGGCCUUUGGGACCAGGACGUCGCAGAAGGAUGCGAUUGAUACCGACGCGGAGACAAACAAGUUCAUUCAAGAACAUACGGAGCUUGAUGACGACCACCGGCUGUUUCGGUUUGACGUACCGAAUGGAUUAGCAGAUAUCGGGUUGGAUGGAGUGAAGGAGGUUGAUACGGUGGUGGAUGCGACGCAGGAUUAUCUUACUAAGGAGUUGGUUUAUAAGCAGAUAAUCAGGUGUGGGAGGGCGCUUGACCGUUGA